CGAUCUCAAGGUUGCGGGUUCGACCCCCGCAUCGGGCUGUUCCUAUAUUCGAUUGCGAGCGUUAGCGAGGCUUUCAUUUUUGCAUUUUCAUCUACCGUUUCCCCCACGUUCUUAUGCUUAUCCCACGUGCAUUGUUGAAUGGAUGGACGAAUGGAGCUGGUGACGCGUAAUGCUUCAAUCACUUUGAGUUUGUCUUUCUACUUGGAACAGAUUUUGAGUUUAUGCUCCGCGGACCCCGCCCUGGCUGUGAGGCUGUGAUGUCGCCAUCUCCGGAGCGCCAUUCUCAUUUCAUCUUCAUGCAGAUCGACACACUGUAAUUUUCAAGAAUAACCAUGCGCAUAGAAAAGUUUCCCUUAUCUCCGCCUGGCUUGGAAGAGCUGGUAGCUAAACUUCAAGCACCCUUGGCAGCCAAUUAUGAGCACUCCACAGUGAGUGUUGUGUCCUGCCCGGAUCUUCGGCAAGCGCCCUAUCAUCUAGCUACCGAGGGGUUAUCAGGAGCUGAGAAGAUAGCAGAUGUAGGAGGUCAACCGAAUUUGUUCCCGCGCCCAAAGAUGGAUUGCGUUUGGUCCAUGACUGACCUUGCGGAGGCUAUGGACAUGGAUCCUGCGAAGGGGGGAUUACUUGGUGCUGGAGCUGGCCCGCAUCCCGUUAUCGGGCAGAACUGUGAACUUGCGCCAAAUAUUGGCUGGCAAGGCAGCUUUGAGAAUGUCAAAAAUGAGAGUCGCUAUGCAAGGAUCGACAAGGAGACAAGCGCUGUGCAUGUCCACAAGAGUCCUUCUUUGGACUGCGCCUUGAUGAUCAACUUGUUCGGCUCCUCAGGCAAUCCGGGACCUGUGAUCAAGAUCACAGCUCGAAAGAGGACCGGCUCUGAAAGAAGUUUUGCAGAGUGUAUCCGAAAAGGUCUCCGUCAAGCGUACGGUGACAAGCAGACUGUCAGUCUCGGUGGACUCUUCUUGGUCAAGAAAGGCAAGGCAAAAUACCAUAUCAUGCCUGACUUCCCCGCCGAAAAAGAUUUGCCAUUCAGUAAUCGCAAAGAUGUUGAUAGUUGGUUGACCUUUCACGACUUUGACGCACCAAUGCUUUGUUUGUCAGUCCUGCAUUCGGCUGAUCGUGAAGGAAGGAUGGGUUUGCGGAUUGAGCAUACACAUUGUUACGCUGCAGACGGGAAAGAUGCUGGAGGCCAUUAUCAUUAUGAUUUGGACGAUACGGAGGAUGAUAUUGAGUAUGAGGCGUAUUUCAAUACUGCCAAAAUGAUAUAUCGACUAGACAGGCCAAAUUGAUUCUGGUGAGCUUACCCUGAACCUGCCAGGAGUUUCGGAAUCUGUUUUUUCCUGUUCCGCCACAGCACCUCAUAAGGGUCAGCGAACCGUGACAAAGUUUGUAUGAGAGACAUCAGAUUAAGUUCUGUUCGUUGCUCCUGCCAAUGAAAGUCAAUAAUAAAACCGCUGCGCAUAACGGCG